GAGGGAACCAAUGGCAUUGCACGUCUACGUGGAUCCUCUAUCUCCAUCUCGUCUUUCCGAGCCGAGCGAGCAAACACCAGCGAUCGUGCAAGCGCAAUAGAUGGCCGUGACGGUGGCCAAGGGGUGAGAGAAGACCGAGGUCAUGGAUUCGGCCGUGGAAUCCGGUGUGGAUAUGACUUUCGACGCCGAGAUGGAUUUCCAGGACCUGGAGGAGAUCCUUCAGGCGGAUCUGGAGAAACACUCCUCGCGCUCUCCGAACGUGGUCUACUACGAGCUCAAGUCCAGGCCUGUCGACACGGACUCAGGCCCGGGGCAAAACCUGAGGUCCCUUGGAGGCCCCCUUGAGGUCUUUUGGAGGCCCUCUUGGGUCCCCUUGAUAUGCGAGGCCCUGGACAGACUUUCCCCGAUUCUCUCCCUCUGGGCGGGCUUGAUGGGGGGGCGGGGGAAGGCCAGUUUCGGAGUUUUACUCUCGGCCGAACGAGCGGCCAACUUUCGAGGAACUCGAAAGAUCGUCCUUAAAAUUAGUGCGAACUUGUUACCUGCCGUCUCCAUGACGACUGGAGAAGGCGCUGAUUGUGAUGCAGCCAGUACGUCCGGCUGCGUCGUGGGGACUGGGCCGAGCCGUCACCGUCAUAUCUGUGACGGUUCGCCGACCGUCAGAGACGCGGUGCCGGAUGAUGGUGUCAUUGACACUUUCGAUCCGAUGGACGUAAACACCUCCAAAAAACCACAGUCUCCCUUCGGAGCGAAAGUGUUAAAGCUCACACCAGAGCUCUUCGAAGCUGAAAAGUUGAGGUUCAUGAGGAGGUUUUUCAAACGCCCUUAA